AUGGCGGCCAAACAAUUGAAACCAGUCAACUUUGUGAACGCUGUUCUGCGUUCAUUCAUGAAGGAGUCAGGCCUGGAACCCAGACUACUUGGGGCUAGCAAUUUCCGUAUUAAAGAUGCUCAGAAAGGAAGAGUCAAUUUUGAACUGGAUAUCCAGAAAGACCAUACAAACCGAAUGAAAGCGAUCCAUGGCGGCACACUUGCCAGCAUGGUCGAUCUGGGUGGCUCUUUGGCAGUCGCUUCCAUGGGCUUGUACUCAACAGGUGUCUCGACAGACCUCAAUGUCACCUAUCUCAGCAGCGGCGGCGUCUCUGGCGACAAGCUUACUGGUACAGCCACGUGUGACAAGAUCGGCAAAACACUGGCAUACACCACCGUCACAUUUAACAACGCCAAAGGAGAACUCGCUGCGCGAGGAAGCCACACCAAGUUUGUUGCCAAGGCAUGGCCUAAGAACCAGGGACUUUUUGAACUCCCAGAGGGUGUCUCGGAACCUUCUGGGGAUGAUAAGUGA